CUCCCCAUGGCCGGGCCCCGCCUCCUGUUGCUAGUGGCAGGAGGUUUGUUUACUUCCGGGAUGCCCCAGUGCCGGAGCCCGAGCCGCCAUGGGGGAGGCGGAGGAGCCGGUGCCCGAAUCAGGUGCCGUUUUCACAUUUGGAAAAAGCAAAUUUGCAGAAAAUAUUCCUAGCAAGUUCUGGUUUAAAAAUGACAAGCCUUUGUAUAUGUCAUGUGGAGAUGAACAUACUGCUAUUGUUACAGGAAAUGGUAAACUUUACAUGUUUGGCAGCAAUAACUGGGGCCAGUUAGGACUAGGAACAAAGAAUACUAUCAACAAGCCAACUUGUGUAAAAGCUUUAAAACCAGAAAAAGUUAAACUUGCUGCUUGCGGGAGAAACCACACUUUAGUUUACACAGAACGAGGACAUGUAUAUGCUGCUGGAGGUAACAGUGAAGGGCAGUUGGGAUUAGGUGACACAGAGGAAAGAAGCACGUUUCAUCUCAUUCGUUUUUUUACCAACCAGUACAAGAUCAAACAGCUGGCAGCUGGAUCUUACACAUCAGCAGCACUAACUGAGGAUGGACAGCUUUUCGUGUGGGGUGACAAUUCUGAAGGUCAGAUUGGCCUGGCUGGUGAAACCAGUGUGUGUGUACCUUGGCAAGUGGAUGUUGGAAAGCCUGUUUCCUGGGUCUCCUGUGGAUAUUACCAUUCUGCUUUGGUAACAAGAGAUGGUGAGCUCUACACUUUUGGAGAGCCUGAGAAUGGGAAGCUAGGUUUGUUGCCUGAACAACUGAAAAACAAUAGGGUUCCACAGCCUGUUCCUGGAAUUUUGGAAAGGGUUAAUAAGGUAGCUUGUGGUGGAGGACAUACAGUGGCACUUACAGAAACAGAUGUAUAUACCUUUGGCCUUGGACAAUAUGGGCAACUUGGACAUGGUACAUUUAUUUUUGAAACCUCGGUACCAAAGGCAGUGGAACAUCUGAAGAGGCAUAAAAUAUGUAACAUUGCAUGUGGGGAAAAUCAUACAGCUGUAAUAGCAGACAAUGGCCUUAUGUUUACUUUUGGAGAUGGACGGCAUGGCAAGUUAGGACUUGGAGAAGAGAAUUUUACUAAUCAAUUCAUACCCACCUUAUGUUCUAAUUUCUUGAAGUUUGCAGUCUAUUUGGUUGCUUGUGGUGGCUGUCACAUGCUAGUUUUUGCCACUCCAAGGCCUAAAGGGUCUGAAGAAAUACAUGAAGAUUUACGUGAAAACUGUUUGGCUGCUACUAUCUCUAAACUGGGUGGUGAUUCAUUAGUAACUAACACCUUGCAGAGAACGUUAUCGGCUCGAAUGCGACGGAGAGAGAGGGAAAAAUCUCCAGAACAGUUUUGUCGAAUGGUGCGAACGUUACCUCCAUUGGGAGAAGGCUCCCUAAAACCAACUUUAUGUGCUGCCAGCAACACUGUCCCACUCAGUUUACUCACAACAAACCAUCCUGCUGUAACGGAAGUGAAUACAAAUAAAGCGAUUGAAUCUACUGUGGACUGUAAAACAGAGGAUCGGAAGCAGGAAAAAGAGAAACCUGAAGAAAGUAUCACAGAGGAAGAUUCAGAUAAGGAAAGUGAUGACAGAAGCCUUGGAAACACAACGGAUGUUCUAAAUAUGACACAUAUGAUGAGAUUGAAUCCCAGUGACCAGUCCUUAAAAUUAUCACCAGUUCAAAAACAAAAGGAUCAAAAAAAUUCUGAAGAUGAAGAGACUGAUAAUGAAGAAGAAGAAGAAGAAGAAAUAACAGACAAAGAAGAGGAGGAGGAAGAGGAGGAGGAAGAGGAGGGAGGCAGCAAUGAUGAUGGGAAAGUGCAUGAAAAAGAGGAACAUGACAGUAAAACACCUGAGGGAGAAGGAAGCAAUAACACCACUUCAGAAACUCCAGAGGAAGAGAAGACCCCUCAAGAAGAGAAAAUACUUCAGCAAGAGAGAGAAAAUACCCCCGACACUCAUCCUGAGAACAAUUCUUCAAGGGCAAUUUUGGAAAGUGGUGAUGAUAGAAUAUCUGGAGGAAUACUUGGAAGGACUAAAAAGUUUUCUCUGUUUAAGCGAAAGUCGUUGACAAGUCAGAAAAAUUUACAUAACAGCAAUGAAGGUAAAUCUGAAAAGCCACUCCAAAGUGAAAAGGAUAAAGGAAAGGAAGCAGAUUUAUCUGGUGAUGACAGGAAAGACGAAAACCAAAAUCACACGAGGGAGAAUCCUAAGGAAACCACAACUAACCAGGGCAGAAAGACCAAGUCCUCUACGUGUGUAAUACUGUAAUGCUGUCAGAAUAUAUAUUUGACAGGCUGCAAGCACAUGUUGCAAUUUAUACUUGAAAACAAUUAUGACUUCUUAUUGUUACUGAUGACAGAUUUUUAAAAAAUAAUUAAGUUGUUUGCCUUGGUUUUGGACUUGAAGACCAUGGUUUUGGUAUUUAUUUCUUUUGAUAAUUUUAGUAAUUGAAACUGAUGAGCUUAUCAGAAUGUUACUGAAGUGUUGUGGCCUUAACUGUUCAGUGUUGUAAUAAAAAUAUAUUUUUGUAUGUGAAAA